UAAGGUUAAUAAAGGCAGGAGAGAAUCUCAUCUUACCACAGAGAAUCCAAUCCGUUGAAAUCAGUUAGAGGCUUGUAUUAACUCACUUAUCUAACUCAGUUUCUUCAGUAUCUGAAUUCUGAACUGAGAGAAGUGAGAACCCUUCAUCUUUAGCUUCAACUUCAAAACUUGAAAGCUUUAGGUGAUGGCGUUGUCAACACCACACACACAAAGAUUCCUCUUAACCAAGCUCCAUAAACACUCCACCUCUUCCAAUUACAUAAACACAAACAGAAAUAUCUUCAUUAACAACAGAAGAAAGCGUUUCUGUUCUUCCAUAGCCAUUGAUGCACCUUCAUCAUUGACAGACUCUCCUCCUAUUAGAUGGGGAUCAGUAUCUUUGCAGGGUCCACGUGAAGAAAUGGAAGAUGAUAUUGUUCUUAGGCCAAAUACUCUCCAAGGUUUCUCUUUCGCUGCUGUGUUUGAUGGCCAUGGAGGUUUUGCUUCUGUCCAGUUCCUCAGUGCCAACUACAGGGAUGAGCUAUACAAGGAGUGUCUUGAAGCUCUACAAGGUGGGUUACUAUUGCUUGAGAAAGAUUUCAAAGCUGUUGAAGAAGCAUUAAAGAAGGCAUUUGUUAAAGCUGACAUGAGGUUGUUAAAAUGGCUUGAAAUGAAAGGGGAGGAGGAGGAUGAAUCAGGUGCUACAGCAACUGCCAUAUUCCUAGGAAAUAAUAAGCUGCUAAUUUCGCAUAUUGGUGACUCAUCUGUGGUUUUAUGCAGAUCUGGAAAACCAGAAUUGCUAACUAGUCCUCACCGUCCAUACGGGAGCAACAAGGCCUCUCUUCAAGAAAUCAAAAGAAUCAGAGAAGCAGGUGGAUGGAUUACCAACGGUAGGAUUUGCGGAGAUAUUGCUGUAUCUCGUGCAUUCGGGGACAUGCGAUUCAAAACAAAGAAGAUCGAGAUGCUACAAAAAGGAGCUCAAGAAGGAAGAUGGACAGAAAAGUUCAUUUCUCGUGUACAGUUCAAAGAUGACUUGGUUGUUGCACGCCCUGAUAUUUAUCAAGUAACUCUUGGCUCAGAUGCAGAAUUUAUAGUGUUAGCAUCCGAUGGCUUAUGGGAUUACAUGAGCAGCUCAGAUGCAGUUUCUUUUGUGAGGGAUCAACUACGAAAACAUGGAAACACACAGCUAGCUUGUGAAUCCCUUGCACAAGUCGUUCUGGACCAACGUACGCAGGAUAACGUCAGCAUUAUAAUUGCCGAUCUAGGGAAGACAGACUGGAAGAGUGUACCACUGCAGCAACAAAAUGUCACAUUUGAGCUAGUCCAAGCCCUAGCCACCGUUGGAAUUGUGUCUAUUGGAAUCUGGUUUUCAUCACAGCUUUCUUUAUAGAUCAAUAACAUACUAGUCAUGUAAAUAACCAGAUGCAUACUUCUUUACUUUCUGCCUGUAUAAUAUUUAGUGUACAUGUCACACAUCUUAGUAGAAUCUACUUGGUUUAGAAAAUAUCCUGAUAUUUUCUUUUAAAUGUUUUGACAAUUUAUUUACAAUAUAUAAAUAAGCUGAUUCAAAUA